AUGGCAGGUUACAGAUACAAGCCUCUGCCUAGGAUUCCCGGCGCAAAGUCGAUCAGACUCGCAACAUUACAGCCUGGAGUCGGCGAUGACGAUGUAGCCAUCGAUCUGCACGUCGAGAGCUUCAUGAUACACAGCCCACCCAGGUACGAAGCUCUAUCCUACGUUUGGGGCUCCACGGAGGCGCCUCAAUUUAUCUACAUUGGGGAUUCCGACAGGGCCACGCUCCAGGUCACAAGGAACCUCAAGACGGCCCUGCAGCAUCUCCGGCACCCCGAUCAGGAACGCGUCAUGUGGGUCGACGCCCUGUGCAUCAAUCAGUCCGAUGACGUUGAGAAAGGCGCAGAAGUGGCUAGGAUGGGCGAGCUGUUCGCCUGCGCGGCACACGUCGUGGUCUGGCUUGGCCCGGAAGCCAACGGAAGUGGCCUGGCGAUGGAGCGACUUGAGCACAUUGGCUCGCAAGUCGAUGUUGACUGGGGCGGCAUGCAUCGAAUCAUGCCUACUGAAAAACUCGAGCAUGCCGACCGCAGCAUCGCUGAUGCAAACUCUGAUCUUCCUAUGGAUGCCGAGCAGUCAGCUGCUGUAGUCAGCCUCCUCAACAGAGGCUGGUUCGACAGGCUUUGGAUCCGGCAAGAGAUUCUAGUGGCUUAA